AGAGAUGGGGCCGAGUUAGCAGCCGUCCCGGGGGCGCUCCUUGCUCCUAACACGGCAUUUUAGCACCCAGGCCCCUGGCUCUGCUUGGAGGCCCAUGCUGCCCAGUCUCCUGGGCCUCCGGCCUCUCCCACCCAGCGUACAGCAAUAACCCCUGCAAGCUGGGAGCUCCAGCUGCCACCGACUGCUCUGUGGCUCCUCCCCGGCUCCCGGGGCAAACUCAGGACCUCAGGCCCGAGCCGUCCUCUGCGGACCCUCGGGAUGGCCAGUGGCCAGCUCCAGGCUGCUCCCCAGGCACACUCGCCAGUAUCCCCAGCCCCGUGAGUGCUGCGCUACUCAUGCGGCCUCCUAAGCCGCUCCACCGAGUGAAGAGCCCCAGCAAAGGAGCAGUCUCCGACCCGGAGUUGCCUCUGCUCGUCAGUCGGGCCGGGUGGGGCAGAGGCCCCGGUGCGCAGUGCAGGGAGGACCCCACGCCCCUCCCCACUCAGCCUCGCUGCUGCGCCACCCCCGCGUGCCGCUCUCGCCCACCCACUGCGGGGGCCCAUGAGCUACGGGGCUGCCAACAUGUCUGGGCGCCUGCUAUCAAAGGGUGGCCCGGGGUGCCAGGCAGAGAAUGACAGAGGCCCAGGGUGGGGUCUGGGGGUAGGAUCUGGGGAGCCCCCUCUAUCCCCCUGUACAUCUUAGAGCCAGACUGUGUGACUCGCUGUGACACCCUCCAGCCUUAGCCUGAGAGUCAUACCCUGCCUGCAGCCCCACUCUGCUCUCCAGGUCCUGCAGCCCUCCCCUCCUGGAGGCAGGAGAGGGAUGGUGCAGGUGUGGGGAGACAAGCCUGGAGGGGCCACAGGAAGAAGGGCGGGCACAGCAGCAGCAGGGCUUGGAACAAACGUUGAUCCCGGGGGCUGAGAGCCAGCAGCAGCUCCCCUCUAGCCUAGGCCCUGUCUGCUCGGUGGAUCCCAGUCUCCAGGAUCAUCUGGCCCCAGAGGAGGGAAGGCUUUGCACCCAUCACGAUGGCCAACGUGAAUGCGCGGCCUAGAGGAGCAGCACAGGCACAAUCUCAGGCCUGCGGGCCAGGGCUGCACAAGCACACUGCUUCCCCCUGCCGCUGCCGCAGGGCUUUUUCUGUUUUUCUGUAGAUCAGCUUCCUCUACAACUACGCAAAGGCCUGCCAGAAGGGAUAGAAAACCCUGAGGCUCAACAAGGGCUGCAUUUGAGAAAAUCCCAGGGACAGGCUGGUCACGCCACCCCUUGGGUGCUGUGUGCGAGCCAUGAGGCAGGAGGCCCGAAGGCAGGACGCUGUGUGGCCGCGCUCAGCCCAUCAUCCCUGCUGCUCAGAUGUGAAGCAGAGGCUGCGGAGAAGGAGCCAGCCGAGGCGAGAGGAGGGAGCUGCUGCAGCGCUCUGCUGGCUGACCAGAAGGAAGCCUGCUGGACAAAGCAGCCCAGAAGAGGGGAGAGGACAGCAGACCACCAGGCACCUCCACUUCUGCAAGGCCUUCACAAGCCACCUGUGCCUGGCAGCAGGAGAGGGGACAGAGGUGCAGGCAGCAGGGGGUGAAAGGCCUGGCUCAGGGAACACUUGGGGUCCCAGGGGAGGCAGGGCCAACUGGGAGGGGCCAGAGGAACACAGAGACAACCGCAGGGCAGUGAGCGAGCAGUGCGGGACAUGUGCCGCGGACGGGCUGCACUUGGGCAUGGGGCCGGGCGAAGCACACGGAACGAUCUGGGAGAUGGCUGCUGGGGCAGCACGGCGCACGGGUCACAGGACGUCCACAGAUGCGGGCCCUUCCCAGCCUGAGGGAGGGUUAGGGAAAGAACCACACACUGUGGAGCUCGGUGCUGGCCACCAAGAGGGAAACGGAGCAACCUGGACAUCCAGAUUGGCGGGCUGGGGCUGAAUUGAGAAGUGAAGGCCCCAGGUGAGGGGGCAGAGAGGGAAGAAGGAGGGCGCAGAGGAAAGGUAGUUCCGGCGCCUUGGCUGGCGGAAGCAGCGAUGUUACACACUGACAGUGACAGCCUGGUGAAGCUCGAGAGUGUUACACUGGCCAGGGCGCUGAGGGCCGCCCGCGUGUGUCUUCUCACACCCACACGCAAGAGACGGGUGGGGAGCAGGGCCAAGUCAAACCUCUGUUCAGAGAAGACCGGGAGCACUGCAGGAAGCGCAAGUAUGGUGUCUGAGGCCAGAGGGUGGGUGCGGGCUGGCUGACCGGCCCUGCUGUGCGCCACUCUCUCGGUUUGGACGAUCUAGAAAAAGGCAGCACGAAGUGGUACAGCAGGGCCAGGCCAAGCCCUUCCCCGAGGGGCGCCUGCUCUGCGGCAGCACGGGCUGUCUGUCUGUCCCCACCCUCCACCACUCCCCAGGCAGACGUGGCCGCCCUGUCAGUAGGUGCACCUGCACGCGUCUACAACACUGCCCUUGCUUGGAAAGAGAGAGCCGCUCGCAGGGAAAGAAGACAG